AUGGACCCUGUUAAGAUCAACGGACAUGCUUUAAAUUCCCAAGUUGACAUCGCUGCAACAAUCACAAACUAUCCUGCACCGCCACACACCAGAUACUUUCUCCUUCCCCCUCUUUAUAUAUACUCCACUAGCGCCUGUUUGAAUACCCCUCACGCGGCUUUUCCUUUCAGUCGCUUCUGCAAAAAUCCACCGAAGGAGAACGCCUCAUUCGAAACCGCCGCCAAAUCCGCCGCCGGCGCCGUCGCGCCGUCGCCGCGCUUCUCCCGGAGCAUCAAUCCGUUUCUCUCUCCUACCUCUCCGGCCGAUUAUGAAUACCUGAACUCCGAUGCUGCCUUCUACACCUCGCUGUUCCAGAGCUGCUCCCCGAGCUCGAUCUCCGACGGUGGCGGGGACGCCGAGCGCCGCCUACGCGACUCCAGAUGCAUCCUUGAGUACCAGCAGCUCUACAACCGCUACACGCUGUGCCUCGCGCAACUCCAGGACGCGAUCGAGGAAGCCGAUGCCCUCCGCCGCGAGAACGACGAGCUCCGCCUGUCGAACGCCGAGCUCUCCCGCCGCGUCGCCCUGCUCUUCUCUCGCGAUCGGCUGCUGUCGGAGUUCAGCCGCCUCAAUCUCGCCUCCUCUCCAGCUGCUGCUCCGCCUACUCGCGCCGCUUCUCCUCAACUCAGAUCUAUGAUUACUGAGCAAAAUCGGUUCGAUCGGAAGAACACCGAGCGGGUCUCGCUUCCCAAGAGCAUUUCGGUGCGUUCCAAAGGCUAUCUGAAGCUGACUCGGCCGAAUCGCGACACGACUCGACAGAAAUCACAACAGCAGCAAAGGGUGUAUGUACCAGGGGCAAAAAAGGAAGAAGAAGCUCUGGAGCUCGACGUGUACAACCAAGGAAUGCUCAAAACCGAGCUGUGCAACAAGUGGCAGGAGUCUGGGACAUGCCCGUAUGGUGACAAUUGCCAAUUCGCGCAUGGUAUCAAUGAGCUGAGGCCAGUGAUCAGGCACCCGCGCUACAAGACUGAGGUCUGCCGCAUGGUGCUCUCUGGCGACAUCUGCCCAUACGGCCACCGCUGCCACUUCCGCCACUCUCUCACUGAGGAGGAGCGUCUCACGCUCAUGGCAGCUCAGCCACCACGUUGAUGAUAUAUGUUCGGCUUCCCAAGUAAAUAUGGUGUUGCGUGAGUAUCAAUAAAAACUGGAUGAUCAAUAGAGAUUGAUUAAUGUUGCAAUUUUUUUUCCUUUUUACAUAAAAACUGGAUAGUGUUUUCAUUUCUGUACGUAUGUUAGUGUCAGUUAUAAGGAACAAUCGAAUUGGAAAUGUAAAAGCAUGUAUUUGAUGGGCGGGUGCUAUAUUCUAUGACUUGUUCAUACAAUACAACUCAGUGUUGUGCAUGUUGAUUUUAGCACAGAUUAUCACGAAUUCACGAUCACUCAAUCCGAGGGAUAUAGUGUUUAGGGUACUUCUGAUCUCAAUUUCUUUUUAUGUGACGGGUAAAUUAAAGUUAUGAACGCCAG